AUGGUGCCUUGGUUUGUCUCCAAGCAAUCUCAUAAGCCACAUGGAUUCUUGCAUCGUUGUUACCUUUACAUCCAUGAAUGCUUUGACAUGGAGAUAUCCAGAAUAAAAAAUACAAAGAUCUUCACAUAUAAAGAGAAAGGAUUGUUUUACGCAUUGGACCUUGGAGGAACUAAUUUCCGUGUAUUACGUGUACAACUGGGAGGAAGGGAACUCGGCGUUUUGAAACAAGAGGCUGAAGAGGUCUCUAUUCCACCGCAUUUGAUGGUCGGAAGCUCCCAUGAACUGUUUGAUUUCAUUGCUGUAGGGGUAGCAAACUUUAUUGCUUCUGAAAGUGAGGAAUUUAAAUUUCCUGAAGGCAGGCAGAGAGAACUUGGGUUUACUUUCUCUUUUCCAGUGAGGCAGACUUCACUUUCUUCAGGCACGCUUAUAAAAUGGACAAAAGGUUUCUCCAUUGAGGAAACGGUUGGGGAAGAUGUCGUGGCGGAGUUGACAAGAGCCAUCGAGAGGCAAGGUCUUGAUUUGCGCGUCACAGCACUCGUCAAUGAUACUGUCGGGACAUUAGCUGGGGGAAGGUUUUAUGAUAAGGAUGUAGUUGCAGCUGUUAUAUUGGGUACUGGAACAAAUGCAGCCUAUGUAGAGCAAGCACAUGCCAUUCCAAAGUGGAAUGGCCUACUACCAAAAUCAGGAGAGAUGGUCAUCAACAUGGAAUGGGGAAAUUUUGAGUCAUCUCACCUUCCCAUGACGGAAUAUGAUUGGUCAUUAGAUGCUCAAAGUUUGAACCCUGGUGAACAGAUAUUUGAGAAGUUGAUUUCGGGAAUGUAUUUGGGAGAGAUUCUGAGAAGAGUUCUCUUGAAGUUGGCGGUAGAGGCUUCUUUCUUUGGGGACAUUGUCCCUCCAAAACUCAGCGUUCCAUUUAUACUGCGGACCCCACACAUGUCUGCCAUGCAUCACGAUACAUCAUCAGAUCUCAGGGAAGUAGCCAAAAAGUUAAAGGAUGUAUUGGAGAUCGUAAACACCUCCUUCAAGACGAGAAAAAUGGUGGUCAAUCUCUGUGACAUCAUCACAAAACGGGGAGCUCGGCUAUCUGCCGCCGGCAUAGUCGGCAUUCUUAAGAAGCAGGGAAGAGAUACUGCAGAGAAAAACCGGAGAACUGUGAUUGCUUUGGAUGGUGGCCUGUUUGAGCACUACACCUUCUUCAGACAGAGCUUGGAGGGCUCACUCACAGAGAUUCUUGGAGAAGAGGUUUCUUCCUCUGUGCUUAUUAAGCUUGCCAAUGAUGGCUCGGGCAUUGGGGCUGCUCUAAUUGCUGCUUCGAACUCCCAGUAUUCCGAGCUGGAGGCCUCCUCUUAGUUUUCUUUGAGAAAAAAACUUUGGAUCGGAAUAUCUUGAUUGAGUUUGUUGUUAUGAUGAGUUUCAGAUCCGUUGGAUGUGAAACUAUAAACUAAGCUCAAUUAUUUUGAGAUUCAUCUUAACCAAACUUUGGUCUGGAUGUUCUAAUCCAGUUUUUUUUUUUUUUUUUUUCUUGAGGAGAAAGUUUGGUUUUGGUUUUUGGAUCAUGAAAUUACUGAAUUUGAUUUGAGAUGAGCGUGUAAUAUAAAUUUUGAUUGAUUUUUUAUGUGUUA